GAGCGCUUCGAGCAGCCGUUGAGCGUAGCGUCGAGUAGACCGCAUCCCAAAGUGUAACGUACGUACGGUGUGUGUUUCCUUCCUUUUUAAAAUAUUUUUGCUACACCAAUAUUAAAAAGAGAGACCGAAAUUAAAAAAAAAAAACUAAAAAUAAAAACUACUCGAUUUAUCCGCAUCCGCCGCAGGCCCCGUAUAAACAAGCAUUAAAUAUUUCAUAACGGAUCUGUUCUGCACAUCAACUCGAAAGUAAACGAGAAUACACAAAUACGGGAGAGAAUAAUUUUUUGGUUUUUCCCUUGUGCUUUGGUGAAGAGUGAUUUUCGUAAUACGGAUUAAUCAACGAGGGAGACGUAGAAGAAAAUCCAAUAAAUUAAUUAAAAUCAAGCUGGCAGAGGAAAAGAGGAAUAAAACAUUCCAAAAGUACCGAGGGACUCUCUUCCCCCCCUUUCCCCUCCUCUACCCUCGGAACCUCUCUCCCUCACUCCCCCUCCCCGCGAUAUUUUCUCUCUCCAAUAGCGAGCUGCGAGAGAGAAUUGAACCGGUGAAAAAAUACAGUGAGGUGCUUUGAAAAAUCAGUGCUCCGUUAUAUUUUUAUUCAUUAAUAAAUUUAUAAACUCCAAAUAGUCUCGUGGUAACGCACAACAAUACUCUCCCCUCUUCCCUCAAUACCAUUUACCUCGAGUUGAAGCAAUUAAAACGCCACUCAAUUGAGAUAUCCUCAUCACCAAAAUCGUUUUAAAAACCGAAAGAAAACCCUCAGGACGCGGUUUUCGUCGAGUCCGGUAUAUUCCGUGGAAUCGGGCGUGCAUACUGAGUGAGAAAGACACCCGUGAGGGUGCGCGCGUGUGGAUGUGUCCAGUGGUGUGGCCGGAGGUAGCCUUAAGCCAUCGGUGAGUGUGGCCAUUUUUGUUUCUUUCCCCCCUCGGAGUAACAAAAAACUCCAAAAAUUUGUGGAGAUAAAAAAAAAAGUCGGUGAAAAAAAACCACUAAAAAAUCCCCAGCGGAGGAAAAAACCUGGAUUUUUACUCAUUUUUUCCCCCUAUUUUUCUACUGAUUAAUAAAAAAUAAAAAAAGACGAGAGGAACUAGAGUGAACGAGUGUUAUUAAUGACUGUAAAUUCAGGGAAGAUACAAUAAAGAGAUAUUAAUGAGAGUCACGUAAAAGUGAGUGUAAAAACAUUGUUGAAUAGCGAAGUGGGGGGUUAGUUAUUAUUUAUCAGAGGAGGUGGGGGUAUAACCCUGUACCAGGGUGAUUGUACGACGGAGACGCGCGUGACAUGUCGGAACACCACCGCGUCGCCGCAGCCGCUGGUGGCUGGGGUACGCCGAGCCCUGGGAAUCGUGAGGAUGGUGCUGGUGGCAAUGCAUGGUGGCCUGGUAUGAAUCCUGAACAACAGCAGCAACAAGCUAAUCAGCAAAAUCAACAGGCACAGCAGCAGGCACAACAACAAUUGCAACAACAACAACAACAACAGGCCGCUGUUGCUGCUGCACAACAGCAACAGGCACAGCAGCAGGCACAACAGCAACAACAACAACAGCAGCAGCAGCAGCAGCAGCAGCAACAACAAAAUUUACAUCAACACUUGAUGAAUCAGCAGGCUGCUGCUGUGGCACAGCAACAGGCACAACAGUUGUCACAGCAUCAUCAGGAUAUCGUUAGAAGUACAGCAGCAGCUACACAACAAUUAUUCUCGUACAAGAUGGCAUCGAGUUUUCAAAAUCCAGCGACAACUGGUGCACAAUCGAGUCCAGUAUCAACGUCAAGUCCUGUUGGUACAUGCAUGAGAGGUGGUUAUGAUUACAGAAUUGGACAGCAAGCUGGUGCACCUGGUGGUAAUGGCAAUGGUAGUGCACCACAGCAACAACAAAAUCCACCACCUGGUGUACAAUGGUGGUAUGCCAGCAAUGUUAUGGAUGCUGGACAGAAUAAUAUACAUCAGAUGCAGGGACAACAACAUUUAGCUACACAAACGUCUAAUCAAAUUGGAGCGCAUCAGAUACAACAGCUACCACAGCAGAAUAAUCUUCAGCAGAAUAACGCUCAGGUUAACAAAAUGCCGAGGGGAAAGGCAACGGACACGAAACCAAGGGGGCGAAUGACCGCUUACGCUUUCUUCGUACAGACGUGCCGCCAGGAGCACAAGAAGAAGCAUCCAGAGGAGAACAUUGUCUUCCAGGAGUUCUCCAGGAAGUGCGCCAUGAGGUGGAAGACCAUGUCUGACAAGGAGAAGAAACGUUUCCACGAGAUGGCUGAGAAGGAUAAGAAGAGGUACGACGCAGAAAUGCAAAAUUACACACCACCCAAGGGUGAGAAUGUCAAAGGCAGGGGAAAGAAACGCAAGCACAUCAAGGAUCCCAAUGCACCAAAAAGAUCAUUGUCUGCCUUCUUCUGGUUCUGUAAUGAUGAGCGUGGCAAGGUUAAAAUGCUAAACCCAGAGUACGGAGUAGGUGAUAUUGCUAAGGAAUUGGGCAAGAAGUGGUCUGAUGCUGAUCCAGAAACCAAAUCCAAAUAUGAAGCUAUGGCAGAGAAGGACAAAGCUCGAUAUGAAAGGGAAAUGACUGCGUACAAAAAGAAAAUGAAGGACGGUCCGGGAGUGGGAGCGCCUGCAAACGCGAUUAAGAACGAGAGUGAGGAAGAAGUCGAAGAAGAUGAUGCCGACGAAGAUGAUGAAUAACGGGAGCACGUCUAAUAAAAGAAUAAAGAUGCAAAAAAAGAAAAUCGAGAGAUAAUUUGAAAGCAAAACUGAAAGAAAUGAAAACCAACAAGAUUUAAAAGAAUAUGAAAAAUUAAUUCAUGAAAAUUUUUUUGCGUGGCGAAUGAACGUGUGAGCGAAAAUAUAUUACAAAAAAUAGUGUGAAGACGUAUGAGAUACCUUUAACCCACCAUUUUCCCUUCGAUUUUGGACUUUUUUCUUAUUUUCUAUUUUUUAAGUACAAUUAGGAAACUUUUUCGAACAUUAUUGAAGGAAAUAAUGCGAUGACUCACCUACUGUACAUACCAUUUACCUUAGAGUGAGUGUACUUACGACUUGGCUUAGGCAAUGCAACAAU